GUGACAUGGACAAAAGAAGCUUCUCCUCCAGGGAGUCUUUCCAUUCGGUGGAAAGUGCCACCAGCGAAGAGGAGGAGGGCGAGGAAGAGCAGCUCCUGUCCCCAAAGGGGAAGUUCAGAAUCUUCCUUCUGGAUGAUGGGAAGGAGGCGAAGCUGCCGAGACACCGUUGCCUCCAGGGCUCAGGAUUCCUCCUCUUGCCAGGUCUCCCUGGCCAGGGACCCAAGCGGCCCCUUGGAUUGCAGCCUCCUGGCUCUGCCUGCCUCCAUGGCCCAGAGGGCCCCAAGGAGACUCUCUGUAGCCGCCGGGUCAGUCCAAACGGCAGCCUGCCUGGGCAGAGGGUGAAGCGAAAGAGGGCCGAGGGUAGUGGUGGUUGUACACGCCAGAGCAGCGCCACAGGAGGCAGCCGCCCCCCUCCAUGCCCCACCGCAUCUGUGCCAUCGCCUGGGAUAAAGAGGCCACGGAGGAAGGAAGCGCUGGCAGCGGAAGAGACCCCGCGCUGGUCUUCCAGUGGGACGGAAGGGGACCAAGCCUUUGCACAAAAGUGCUGGGAACUCCAAGGCUUUGUCCGCCCCCUGUCGGAGCUUCUGAAUCGCUUGAAAAUGGGCUGCUUUGACCAAGGUCUAAGCAGUUUCCAGCAGAGCGUGGCCAUGGAUCGGAUCCAGCGGAUCAUUGGUGUCCUUCAGAAGCCUCAGAUGGGGGGGCGAUACCUGGGCAUCCUGUUGCAGGUGGAAAAGAUGCUCAAGAUCUGGUUCCCUCACGUCCCCUUGAAGGACUCCCAGGCCAGCUACAGUGUGUCAGCUAGGGGGCCGUGUGGGGCAGCAAAGUCCCGCUGUGUAGAAGAACAAAUCACGGGAAGCAGAAGCGCGUCCAUCCAAGAUGACAUGCUGAAGCCUUUCUCGGACGUCUCUUCCUUAGAAGACCAUGAUGUUGGCACUCGGCAGGGAGAGCCGGUGCCCAUGGGCAACGGCCCUGCUCUGAACCUGUCCUGGAUUCACACGUUGCCCUUGAACCCUCUCUUGGGACAAGUAGACUUCAAUCAGAUAAACUCUGUGCUUGGGCAGAUCUUGCUGGGGCCAAACGCAAGCAAUUGUGGAGUGGUUUUCUUUCUCCAAAAGGUUAUGUUUACACAGGCUGCUUCCAAGACUCUGGAACACGGCUGCCCUCCUGGCAUGUUGUUCUCGGGCUCAGGGGAGCCACCUCGCUGUCAAAGCUUGCCUGGUGUCCUGACAGCAAGCUGCUCUGCCCCCUCUCUUGGUCGCCUCUCUUUGUUGCUGCCCCACCUGUCUGGGGAGAAGCUGGAGAGGAGUGAAGCGUCUGUAGGAAAACCUGUGAAAUGCUGCAGCUCCUGAUGCCCCAGAAGAUGAGUCUCCCUGGACAUACAAUUUUUCCUCUUCUUCACAAACUUUUUAAAAACUGAAAUAUUUCACAUAUGUUCAAGAGAAAGCAGAACUGUACUUGCCCCCAGGGUGGAAAACUUUAGUUUCAAUAAAGACGCUGCCACAAUGGCUGUUGAUGAGGUU